GAAUGGGAGCUAGGCUAUCUUUUCUUGUUCAAAAGCGUUUAUAUUUUUUUAUGGACUGCACUAAAAACAUGAGAGGAAAGAAAUGAAGCCGUGAUAUGCUGGUUGUGUGACAAAACACGCGUGACUCUUGAGGGGAAUUUGAUACACCUCACUCUACGUGUGUUUGGUGUUCUCAUCUGGAGCAAGCUGAAUGAGGAAAAACCGUCGCGUGUAUUUUCAGGGUUUUUAAACUCGGAAUAUUUCUACAUUGGCUACAGAGAGUAGUCUCGUGAUUUGUUAAUGACAGAAUAAGGCCUUAUUUGUCUAUGAUUGAACGCAACUGGUCAUUUGGAACAUUGUUUGUAGGCCUAAAAUUCGAGGUUUGUUAGUCAACUGUUUGCCUUCGUUUCUUUCAUUGGUAAAAGGGGAAAUCUGCGUGACCUAAGACAUCAGUAAGCUGACUUCAAACAAGAAAAUCUCAAACUGUGUUGAUGCCCAGUUAACAGCUAACAAAGUAUACUUUGAACUUGCAUUUCAACACGAUCCUGUGAUCAAACUUUACUAAAGAUUGAUUCUCAUCAAUUAUUGAUAGACUAUAUCGUGGCCAUGGAUAAAAUUGGAAAGUUCAAAGUACCAUAAUUCUCAGUGUCUUUUACUUCCAGAGAUAUGAAUGAAAAUUGUAUCGAAGCGUUGUUCAUGAAAUCUCGGCAAAGCUUUUACUACGACAUGGCCUACGAUAGUCAAUCCGAUAUGUUCACAUCUUUGGAAAUGUUCAGUUCAUGUGAUGCAAAUAAUCCAACUUCGCCAACUAGCAUACAUCAAGUCAAUUGUACUGGGACCCCAAUUUAUUCGUCGCUGAACCAAGUAGCUCCUCCCUCCGUGUACAACACUAACUUGGCUUCCAUAAUAACAUCAAAAUCAACAUCGGACUGCAUUACCUCGAAACAAGAUAAAACUACAAAAGCAUUAGAUUUAAACAGAACUAGUGUCAAAUUGUGCGGUGUAGGUACUAGUAACAAUUCAUGUUUGGACGAUGUAGACAACCGCACUGAUUCUACAAAUGUGAACCUGCAUGAACAAAUAUAUCGUGAUCAAUAUACGUUACGACGUAGUGGCUUGAGAGAGCCCCCAAUAGUUGUAAUCACGCCUGCUUCAGCUCUAGAUAGUGAAUCCGAGAUGGACACGAGAGAUCCAAAUGCGCACAAUGAAAACGGAGAAUUUAUAGACGGCGGAUGCUUGAACGACGGCAUCGAUAGCUGCUCCUUGUCGAGUGCAUGUUCAGAGGAUCGUUCAGAGGAUGAUAUACCGACAGAUGACGAUCCAUCUGAGAGCGACAGUGCGCAACAACCGGAUGAAAAAAUACGAAAGACAUCAACCAGUAAUUGGAAAAAAAUCCGACGUGUCAUUCACUGGUCACCUUUUGUCCAAAACUUCAAGAGAAAAUAUCCUUGGGUUCAACUCGCAGGUCAUCAAGGUAGUUUUAAAGCUGGUGAAGAUGGAAACAUAUUAAAAAAGACAUCGGAAAAGGAAAAAGACUGUCUUAUUAAACUAAUGAAGGAUAUCCUAAGACCUUAUGUACCAGAAUACAAACGAGAGGUUCAAAACAAUGGUGAAAAUUACAUUGAAAUGCAAGACUUAUUGCAAGAAUUUGAAAAUCCUUGUAUAAUGGAUUGUAAAAUGGGAGUAAGAACAUAUCUUGAGGAGGAAAUAGCAAAAGCAAAGAGCAARCCAAGAAAGGAUUUAUAUCAGAAAAUGGUGGACAUAGAUCCRUCAGAGCCAACAGAAAGUGAGCAUAUUGCAAAAGCAAUAACAAAACCAAGAUAUAUGCAAUGGAGGGAAAGACUCAGCUCCUCAGCAACUCUGGGAUUUAGAAUUGAAGGAAUYAAGAAUGGUGAUAGUAAACCCAACAAAGACUUCAAGAAAACCAAAACAAUAGAAGAUGUGGCAAAAGUAUUUACAGAAUAUAUUGAAAAUGAUGCACAACUUAGAAUGAAAUAUCUUAGGAGACUCAAAGCAAUUCGAGCAACACUAGAAGCUUCAUGUUUCUUCAGAACUCAUGAAUUGAUUGGGAGUUCACUAUUAUUUGUUCACGACAGCAAUGGUGCCGCUAGCAUAUGGAUGAUAGACUUUGGGAAAACAGUUCCACUUCCUGAUGACGUCGCUAUUGACCACAGAUCAGAAUGGAAAGAAGGAAAUCACGAAGAUGGUUACUUAUGGGGACUGGACAAGAUGAUAGAAGUUUGGACAWUGAAAUAAGCCUGUAAUAGAUAGUCGCGUGAAAGAACUAGAUACCUGCAAAGUCUUUGCUGAUUCAUCAAGAUCCAAAUUAAUUGCUAUCUGAAUUGUGAGAUGAAAUUUCAAAUGGUUUUCAAAACUGAGAAUGGCUGACAAAAAAGAUAGUAGUUAGGGUUAUAGAAUAUAUGAACUUGGAGCAAAAUGUAUGAUUUAAAAUGAAAUAUGAACUGCAGACCCUAAGGGAAAGCGAUGAGAGGAAUGUUAAGUGGAGUCAUAGACAAACACUUCAUAUAUUCAAAGGCAGUACUUAGAGACAGUCAACUGGUUUUCAAAGACAAUAUAAGAGUAAAAAAACACAUAAACUACUAUAAGAAGACAUCAAGGACUGCUUAAUACACAAGACAAGAUGUAGUUUACCUAUAACUAACAGUAGUGGUACAUUUUGAAAUGCCUUUGUUUUGAUAUUGGAGGAAGAAGAGAAACAGAAAUAGCAUCAAACCAAACAAAAAAGAAACUUUUUUCUGCAAAAUGUAAAAUAAUGUACAGAUGUUUUAAUCAGAACAAAUGAUUAAGUAAUGAAGAUUCACUACAAAUCAACAUUUUGAAGAACUUUUGUUGUAAAUCCAGUUGAAUAUGUUGAUACAGUCGAUAGUGAAURCUUUGCCAGGAAGAAUUCUGGUUGUACAAAUUAUUUGUAUAUUUUUGAUCAAGAAAUUAUUAUGAUGUAAAUCUUUCACUUAUAUGGAUAUAUAAUUAAUUGGAGUAGAGGUACAAGUGCCUGUUAAGUUAUAAUGAAUUAAAAGCAAAACAUUUUUUGAC